AUGUUUCAGAUUGCUAAGUUAUUUGCGCAACGCCAAGUCAUUUCGACUCUUGGAAACAAAAAUUUACUAAAUUUGGGCGAAAAUUUAGUUAAAAGUGUUUUAAGAAAAUUCGGUCACUGUGACACCUGUGGGCCAGUCAAAAUUGACUGUGUUCCUGUUAUAAAAAAGAAACCAGUAUGCGAACUAUUCACAGCAAUUAAGCAGAGAAAGCAAUAUGAAAAAGAACUUAAAAAGCGAAGGAUCAGGUCAGUUUGGGGUGAAAUUCCAGAUUGUUGUGUUGACAGCUGUCCUAUACCUCCACGGUAUGAUGAACUAUACUACAGGCCGUCAAAUCCACAUAAUCGUUUAUAUGAACAAACUUGGAUUGAUUGUCUGGAAAGAACGCCAAAAUUAAUGUGUUAUUAUCCAGAAGAACAAUACCUUCCUCCAAAAAGACGACCGCGUAAACCUCGCAAAAAAAGCUGUUUAAAUAUGGUAAAACCAAAUAAUCUGGGAUUAAUGCAAUGUAUAAAGCCUUUUAAAGGAUGUAAUCCUAAAAUGCAUGUAUGUGGUUGCAAACCCGUAGCUGCUAAUGUGUCGUGCACAGUUGUACGUAAUAAAACAAUAUGCCGAAAAGUGAACAGUCCUUGGCCAAGUUUCUCUGAAUGUAACGUCGCCACAAAUAAAAAACCUAUAAAAGAGUGUGAUUGCUUAUCACCGGUGCCACUAUGUACUUUUAUACGUUACUUAAAAGAGAAGAAGCGGUUCUAUUAA